UCUCAUGACCACAGCAUUCCAACUCUUCUCCACUUUCACCUUCUUUCUUCAUCUUUUCAUCAUUCUUUUCUAUUUUUUCAUAUCAAGUUGAUCCACCUUCUUUCUUCCCCUUUUGGCCUGCCAUCACACCAUUAUUCUGGUGAGAGGAAGCAGGUCUUUUUUUCAAUCAACCAUGGCUUUGCCAUGGAUUCUUCUCUUCUUGUUUUCAUCAUUUGCUUCCAUUCCAUUCACCAAAUCAACCCUCACAUUGGACUACUAUGCCAAGACAUGUCCUAAGUUUGAAGACAUUGUUACCGAGAUUGUCCAUCAAAAGCAACAAGAGUUCCCCGUCACCGCCGCAGCAACCCUACGUCUCUUCUUCCACGACUGUGCUGUGGAUGGUUGUGAUGCCUCCGUCCUUAUAAAAUCAACCGCCUUCACCAAGCCCGAGCUCGAACAUGACAUCAACCACUCCCUCGCGGGUGACGGGUUUGAUCUCGUUUCACGCAUCAAGACCGCCCUUGAGCUCUCCUGCCCUGGGGUUGUAUCUUGUGCAGACAUCUUAGCCUCGGCCACGAGGAAUCUCAUCGUUAUGAUAGGUGGACCCCACUAUAAAGUCCCUCUAGGUCGGAAAGACGGCCUUGUUUCCCAAGCUACAAGCGUAGAAGGGAAACUCGGACGUGCAAAUGAGACGAUGGAUCAAAUGAUACAAAAAUUCCAAGGUCUAGGUUUCAACAUCCAAGAAAUGGUUGCAUUAGAUGGAGGUGGACACUCUAUUGGAUUUGCUCAUUGCAAGGAAUUUGCUGAUCGGAUAUUUGGCGAACCUGAUCCAACAAUGAACCCGAAAUUGGCAGAGAGAUUGAGAGGGAUGUGCGGGAAUUACACGAUGGACACGGACAUGGCAGCAUUUCUUGAUGUGAUAACCCCUGGCACUUUUGACAACAUGUUGUUCAAGAAUUUGAUGAAGGGUUUAGGAGUUCUUGGUUCUGAUCAAUUGCUUCUGACUGAUCCAAGGACACGGCCAUUUGUUGAGAAAUAUGCCAAUGAUGCCUUGGCUUUCGCUGCUGAUUUUGCUCGUGCUAUGGAGAAGCUUAAUGUUUAUCAAGUUAAAAUUGACAAUCAAGGUGAGGUGAGGAGGAGAUGUGAUGCAGUUAACACUGCUCAGCUGUGAAAUAGAGCUAAGGAGAAAUAGGGGGUUAUGAGUUCUUGAUUGUGUUAACGUUGUUUGGAUUAACAUAACUUGUUGAUGACGAUGAUGAUGUGCAUAUGUUUGUCUUUAAAAAGGAUAAUUGAAUAAGAAAGAUCAUAUUAUUUAUCAUAAUUUAAUAAGAUUUUGUGAAAAAAAUUUCUGGAUCA